UUUAAUCAUAAUGUCAACAGUUGUCAGGUUAAUAUGUUAUUUUACGAAAUUUACAAAUGUUUUAAUGAUUUUAAGCAUUUAAAAAAAUAGUUUGUUUUGUUUUGUGUUUACUGUAAAUAAAAGUGUAGUGAAUUCGAUUUCCAAAAUGUCGAAUCGUUUUAAGGUUAGAAAAUCAAGAAUCUCAAAGUAAAAGAUUAUGACCUUGAAAAAUUGUGAUCAUGAAGUGUCUCUCCCUAGUGACGAAUUCACGCAAAAGACGUAUGGGAAGGGAUGCCAAAUGUAUUUCAUUUGAUUUCUUGUGAUAAUGUUACAAUUUCCAACCAAGUUAUUACAAUAAUUAAAUGAGUGACGUGUGAUAACUGUGUUUUGUAAAUACAAAUCGAAUAACGUCAUUGUAUUUCAAAACGAAUGUUUUUGACAUUUAAUUUUUUUUUCGGGAAAUACCACGCCGUAUGAAGUUCAAUUCAAGUUUGAAAUUAUAUACCUUUACCGACAAGCAAAGAAGAAGCUUAUGUGACUUUGAACUGUUGUGAAAUGUCGACAGUCUCUGCGACUAAACUGUCUACUCCAGCAGUCAGUCGCACACAUAGUUCAAGUGGAGUUGUCCAACCUGGUAUGAAUAAGUGUAUUAUUUGCAAUCGAUUUGACAGAUUGCUUAGAUGUUCAAGGUGUAAAAUUGCUGUUUACUGUUCAAAAGAACAUCAGAAAUUGGAUUGGAAACAUCAUAAAUUAUUUUGUUUAAAAAAUAUAACUGAAACAAUUGCAACACCUACUGAAAAAGUUAUUUCAAAUAUUGUUCUCGAUUGUGAUAAAGAAACUGAAUUUUCGGAGAAAAAAAUCUUUACUAAUUCUAACCUCAAAAAUAUUGUUAAAGACUCAAGAGAACCUGGACCUUCGGCUGAUCGAUUCCGUGAAUCGACAAAUAAGGCGGACGGCUGGACGUCGCCAAUAACAUCCGAAGGAAGUUCUGAAGCAACAAUUCUUGGUGCGGGGGCAGAAUCUUUAAAUCCUACAUUGGAAGGACAAAACAAAUCAGGCAUGCAUGCCUGUGAAUAUAAUGGUGUUAAUAAUUUUCCCCAACCAACAGACAAUGAAUCUCAUACAACAGUUUAUCAAAAAAUUAAAAAUGGAUUACUUGAUGAUGUUUGUAAAGGAGUGAUAACGGAUAUGAAUUUAUUUGGUUUAUGUGCAUUGGAUCGUUUUAUGGGAGAUGAAAUUGGUGCAGCAGUGUUAAAUGAAGUAUUGAAUGUUUAUAGUGCUGGUUUAUUUAAAGAUGGACAAUUAGUAUCAAAUAGAGCUGGUGCAAAUGAUUCAAGAACAAUUCGCAGCGAUCAAAUUGCAUGGUUAGAUGGAAAGGAGGAAAAUUGUCCCAAUAUAGGUUUACUUAUUUCUCAAGUUGAUGCCAUUAUAAUGAGAGCAAAUAAAAUGAUUAACAAUGGAAAAUUAGGGGACUACACAAUAAACCAAAGAACGAAGGCAAUGGUGGCGUGUUAUCCUGGUCACGGUACACAUUACGUUAAACAUGUAGAUAAUCCAAAUGGAGAUGGAAGGUGCAUCACGGCUAUUUAUUACCUCAACAGAGAUUGGGACGUUAGAAAAUACGGAGGAUUAUUAAGGAUAUUCCCAUCAUGUUGGAAAGAACACGUUGCAAAUAUUGGUCCUUAUUUCGAUAGAAUUUUAUUCUUUUGGUCAGACAAAAGAAAUCCACAUGAAGUACAACCUGCUUAUAAAACAAGAUACGCUAUUACGUUAUGGUAUUUUGAUACAGAAGAAAGGAAGAGAGCUCUACAAACGUAUAAGAGACAACAGGAAGGUGUUAUGUUUCCUGGAAAUUCGUGAGACGAAAAGACAACAAUAAAAUCACAUUGUUCAUUGACUGAAAGCGAAUGUUAAACGAAAAUCUUCUUAACUUUUGUAUAUAAUUAUAUAUAAUGGCGAGCGGUGUAAGUAAUACAAAACGUUUCCCGUGUUUUUAAACUGAAUUUAAUUCAAGAGGAUUGAAACUGGAAUAUUAAAAUUCUUUUGAAGAUUUAAAAAAAAAAAA